CCAGCGGGUUGGAUUUGAGUUUUUUAAACCCAACGAGUUUUACCUCGGAUUUUUUUGGCGGAUAAACCCAUGGAUUUGGAUUUGGGUUUGACAAAACCCAUCCCAACCCGACCCAUUGCCAUCCCUACUGGUGACCACCGCGGACAGACUGAGGCUACAGAAGCCUCCACUCCAACUAUAAUAUCCCUUAACUAGGGAUGACAAUUUGAACCCGCCCCGCCGAGUAUUACCCGACCUGACCCGCGAUGGGGCGACCGACAGUAGCAUGGGGCGGGGCAUGGGUAUCAACUUCUGACCCGCCCUGCCCCGCCCCGCCCCAUUCUUGGCCCGUUCUAGGUCAAUUUCUUACACGGUUACACCAUCCAUUCAUAUAUCUCCUAUUUUGGCUUUUCUUCAACUAGUUAGACUUGAUCUUUCAAUUAAAUAGACCCAAUUGCCCAUUAUAUUAUCACUAUUAUUCAUUCAUGAAGCCUUUCCCCUUCAUUUUAUUGUAAAAAGUAAAAUUUUGUUUGUAUUUUUUUUAAAUAGCAUAUAAGAGUGGGUCGACCCGCCCCACCCCAUACCCACGCGAGUCAUACCCGCCCCUACUCGUAGUAGCAUGGACCGAAAAAUUAAAUAUAAAGUUUAAAUGGUAAGUUAACUUUUAAUUGACAAGAAUUGAUUAAGUGGACCGAAAAAAACCAUAUGACAAUAUCAAUGUGAGCAGCUCUACACACCACACUCAACAUUUGUUGAAACCCUUUUAAGUGCUAAAUAUGACACGAUGACAUGAAUACAUUUUUGUGAAAAGAAAAUGGAGUGCAUAAAAAGUGCCACAAUCAUUAUUCGUCAAUUGACAUGGCAUGGGAGUAACAACCCAAAGCCAAUCUUCUUAUAAUACAAUACGCAAGUGAACUACAAGGUCACUGAAAAAUAUGCACAUCCGCCUAUGAGCAACGAGUGUCCAAAUGAGGCUACAUGAUUAUCUAUCAAAUUAGCAUACUUACAAACAUGUUCAACCGUAACUUUCCGGGAUAAUCUACUACGAAACCAAAUUAAGGUGGUGUGAUUAACAUACUUCAUCAGACACUUGAUCAUGAACGAAUUGUCUCCGUUAAAUGUUAAUGAUGAAGAAAAUGUAAAUCGAUAUCUUUAAAUAUGUAUUCACUGUUUUUUUUAGCCACCUCAUCCACCAAGUUAAUGUGCACAUUCCUUGUAAAAAAAAAAAAAAAAGUUAAUGUGCACAUUGUUAACGAUGGAGAUUGGAGAGCAUGAAAUCGAAUUCGAGUUUCUGACUUUCUGUCACAAACCUACGGUACAAGCGAAACGGGGCGCCGAUAAAUGAAUUUAAAGUUUAAACAAACAACUGAUAACAAUAAAUACCAGGAAGAAGAACCUUCUAUCUGUCUUCUUCUUCCCUUUGCCUUUGCCAAGGCCCAGAUUCGAAGAGCGCAGAGCCAUUUUUCGAUUCGACAGUAGAUUUUUAGAAGAAGAAAAAAAAAAUUACAAAUCAAAACCAGGAAAACAGUGAAAAGGUCCCUCUCCCUAUCCGCAUUGUUUGUCUUCUUCACUCUACUCCCUAGUUUUCUUUUGUAGCUUUCUCUUCUCCCCCUUUUGCUUUCUUAUAUCCGUUGGAACCCCACUCCCUGUCUCCCUCACUCUACUCCAUCUCCCCUUCUAAAACCCACCCUCCUCUCCCAACCCAACAUCUGAACCAAACGCCAUUUCCCCCCUUUCGCCUCUUCAUCCCAACAAACCCAUUUCACUCAACCGCCGCCUGGCAGGCCAUGUCGGUUGCCGGAAGCUCCCUGAGUUCGACGACGCCGUUCCUGAAACUGAGGCUCUACGUGCUGAUCGGAAUCGUCGCCGGCUGCGUAAUCUUGGUGUGCUUGACUGUCUGCCUCUGCGUCCGGUUGACCCGCGAGUCGAGGAGACGCGGCAGGAUGCGCGUGAAGCACAGCUCCGGCUCGAUCCCGCUCGUAUCCAAGGAAAUCCUCGAGAUCAAGGCCUUGGAUCUCGAAGCAAGCGUGCAGACUAAGCUCGCCUGCGAAACCGCCGUUGUUUGCGGGAAGGAGGACGAGGAAAUUGGUGGAAGCGGCGAUAAACAAGUUGGAAGAGGGAAGAAGAAGGCCGCCGUCGCCGGCGGCGGCGGAGGCGGAGGAGGAGAUGUUGUCUCCGGCAGGGACGUGUCGGUGGAGGGCUGGGGGCGGUGGUACAGCUUGAAGGAGCUGGAGAUUGCGACGCGUGGCUUCGCGGAGGAGAAUGUGAUCGGGGAAGGUGGAUACGGCGUCGUUUACAGGGGUGUGUUGACCGACGGCUCCGUCGUCGCCGUCAAGAACCUCCUCAAUAACAAAGGGCAGGCAGGGAGGGAGUUCACGGUGGAAGUGGAAGCCAUUGGCAGAGUGAGGCAUAAGAAUCUUGUUGGUCUAAUUGGUUAUUGCGCUGAUGGCCCUCGCAGGAUGCUUGUGUAUGAGUAUGUUGACAAUGGCAACUUGGAGCAGUGGUUACAUGGAGUUGAUGGACCGGUUAGCCCGUUGAGCUGGGACAUUCGGAUGAAGAUUGCCAUUGGGACUGCAAAAGGGCUAGCCUAUUUACAUGAAGGCUUAGAACCUAAGGUGGUGCAUCGUGACGUGAAAUCCAGCAACAUUCUUCUGGAUAGGAAGUGGAAUGCAAAAGUUUCAGACUUUGGAUUGGCAAAGCUCCUGGGUUCUGAGGCAAGCUAUGUGACUACUCGCGUUAUGGGGACAUUCGGAUAUGUAUCUCCUGAUUAUGCAAGCACAGGAAUGCUAAACGAAGGAAGCGAUGUCUAUAGUUUUGGUGUUCUGCUGAUGGAGAUCAUCACAGGAAGGAGUCCUAUUGACUACUCCAGACCAGCCGGCGAGCAGAUGAAUUUGGUAGAUUGGUUUAAGGGGAUGGUGGCAAGCCGACGGGGUGAAGAGCUCGUGGACCCUCUUAUCGAAAUCCAGCCAGCUCCAAGAGCUCUGAAAAGAGCCCUGUUGGUCUGUCUUCGGUGCAUAGAUUUGGAUGCCUGUAAAAGACCAAAGAUGAGCCAGAUUGUUCAUAUGCUCGAAGCCGAUGACUUCCCUUUCCGCGGCGAACUGAGAUCCAUGAAGGACAGAGAGUCUCUUCCUCCAGAUGGAUCAAUGGCCAGCAGAAACAGGACAACUCACCAAACCAGGCAUGGAGCGGACGGUGACGUGGAAAGGUCAAGGAGAAGAUAACUUGCACUUUACCUGCAGCUUGAGUGAUGGAUAGUCAUAUAUACAAAUAGAAGGUUGUGAUUUCAAUUACUUCGUAGCAUAUAAUUUUCCACACUGGAUUUUGCAUAAAGAUUCUAUAGAAUCAUACUUCAUGUGCAUAUGUGACAUGUCUCCCAAGUAAAAAAAAAAAAAAGUCAUUUCGUUGAGAUGCACCAUUUCUAGCCGUGUUUGGAUUGGAGAAGAAUCGAAUUUUCUCAAUAACUUGAGUUGUUGAAAGCUCCAUGCGUAAACCUUAAUCACUUUUUUUAGAAUGAAUAGGCCUCCAUAUCGUUGAUUGACCCAAUGAAGUUGGAUAGUAACCUUGUUUGUCAUAUAAUUCUUGUUUGCCUCGAGAAGAGAUGAAAAGGGAGAGCAGUUUAUAAGCAAUAAGCAUCGUAAGAGGCAAAAGAUUUGAGCCCGCCAUAUCUUAUGAGUCUUCCGGUAGAGUUUGCAACAUUUAUAUGACUUCUAUCAGUGUGGGUAUUAGAAUGAGGAACAAUUGUGAAGAACAAAUACUUUUCCAUUUUGAAAGUCCAUGACAAACGAACUUAAGAAAAAUAGUUUGAAUCGAUGUUGAAGUUUUAUUGUGGUGUCGUGAAGACUUCGAGGUCCAAAUUUAUUGAGUGGAGUCUCUAUGAAAAUUGAAGGGUCUCUAAAGUCUAAACCCUUCCAAUACAAGGGCUCUUUUGCAAUCUAAACAAGAGAUCGCCACAAACACGUGGUCAUUUCUCUCUCAAAAGUCAAAACCUAUCUCUCUACAUGACUACAUGUUCCUUCUCUACUCUCUCAGAUAACAAAUAUGGUUGAUCCUACCUCAACAUACAUAUCAUCUGCAUAUUAGAGUAUUGUUUAGAUCAAUGCAAUGAACUCUUGAUCAAUGGAUACCAGUCUAGGCUGGAGCUGGCACUUAAAACUUAAGUUCGUGUUAGGACAGGUAUUCAGGGCAACAUUUGCAUGGAGGUUUAAUCCUUCCUAGUCUAGGCCUCGAGGGCUGUGGUUGCAAGUGCUCGAGAUGGUGCCUUAAGGAUCUCCUUGGCUCGAACAAUCUCUUUAUAUUAUGGUGUUUUGUGGUGGAAGUAUAACAUUUCGUUAUUUUUCAUAGCAGUAAAGUUAGUAACAUCUUUUCUACCAAAAAAAAAAAAAAGUUAGUAACAUCAGCAAUAUCAGUGGCAGAGCUACUUUAAUGACAUGGGAGGCUAUAGACCCACUCAACUCUCAAAAUCAUGUAAAAUCAUGUAAUAAAUUGACAAAAUAUAGUAGUUGAUAAAGAGUUAGCUUCUCCUCGGCAAUUCGAAUUUUCCGUGCAUAAAUUUUUAGCCCCCUCAUUCGAAUUUCUAGCUCCGCACUAAGCAAUAUGUUACAAAGUCUAUGAGACACCUCGUUUUCUUUGUUGGAGUUAUGCUAGUCAAAUGUGCAAGUUUUGCACAUGAUUGGUGUUAUUGCACAAGAACCUUGGUCGAAUGAAGUGAAGAGAACUACAAUUUUCAUAAAUAAAUUUAUAGAUUUGUGGCUACUAGGGCUAGGAACUAAAAUCACAAUCUCAUAUGUCAUUUAUCUCUUCUCUUCUUUGUAAUUUAUUUGUCUGUUUAGAGCGGAUAAGAGACAUCAUUGACUCUCAUUAGUCAUUACCUUUUUUAUGGAUGCUUUAAUUAAUUGAGGGCAAAAGUGGAUAAAAUGUUCCUAUAUUCAACAAACAAUGCUGCCUAAUCUCACCCGUUGACUAGGAAUGGCCAUGGGCAGGUCCGGGCGGAUUUCUUGGUACUCAGACCCGCUCCGUGGCAGGUCGGAUAAUUUAUCACGGGUCACGGGUUGGAGGCAGGUCGACCCAAUGGGUAUGCAAUUUAUAUGAAAAAUAUUAGAAAUAUUCGUUGUUUUUUAAUAAGACCAAGAAAAUAAACAAUAUUAUGGUAAAUGUAGUUAAAUUAUUAGAUAAAUUGAGGUUUUCACU